AUGAAAACACACCUCAGCACGACAACAUCUCAAUCCCAGGCAGCCACCGAUUACGCCUCUUCCUCUCCAUCUUCAUCAUCCCAGCCCACCUUCUCUGACUGGAAGUCGGCACCUACAUCCUCAUCCUCCACUAUCACCGCAGCAACCACGUUCUCCGCCAUUGACACAAUAGUGCCCAAGACAGAGCCAGACACCGCAACUACCGCCACCACCGCUAACUACAUCGACAUUGCUGGCCAAGUCGAGAAUUUAGAGCAGCCCGACAUCAAACCAAUCGUUGACGCAAUGGUCCCAUCUCAAUCUCAGGCACCACCGCAGUCAGUAUAUCCAUCAACCUACUAUGCAGCUGAAUUCGGCCAGGCAAAGUCACUACCAACUCAAUUCAACACUACUCAAUACAUGGCACCAGGAACAUACGUAGCAAGCCAUCACCCAUACGCACCUAGCGUUCAGCCUGCCAUUCACCGUCGGCCAUCUUUGAUGGUUGGUCAACAAAAGCAUCACGCAUACCCACAUUCGCCCCCAGACUCGCGCACUAGGACCGACUACCCUGCUCAACUUUCCGACAACACCCAUCAACCAGUCUUGGAUCUCUCCCAUUCCCCAGUACAGCCCGGACUUCAGGACUCGCAUGGACGUCACGGUUCCUUGGACUCGGCGACACAUCAUCACCUUCCUCCAUUGACCGAGACAUUGCAGAGGAUCGACCACGGCUCGCCUCGCUCGCGGGCUCAACCCUCUACCACGAAUAUCGAUGGUACGAUCUCCUCUAGCUAUUAUCCUCAGAUUCCCUUGCCCGGAGCUCCGGCCGUGGGCUCGAACGUUCCUGUCAACCAAGCCUACAGCCGGCGCGUCACCUACCCCUUUGUGCCCUCGAUCGACACCAGCUCUGGCUUACUGAUGAACAGCCUAACCAGCCCCGAAAACUCUGGAUCCAGCCCUUUGAUCGGUAGUCCGUUUACUCACAGUAGCGUGGUUAGUGCCAACGCAGUGCCAGUCCAUGGAAUGGUCCGUUCCUCUCCUUUGAUUGGAUAUAUGGACGCCAUGACCCUCCAGUCUUCCUCGCAGCCCCACCCCGCGCAGAUGUCCCCCCACAAUGGAUCGUAUCAUACUUCCCUUCAACAGGUUACUGGAGCUCAGCAGCAGCCCCAGGGAGCUGGAUGGUUCCCUGAUGCAGGCCUUGAUGGUGUUGAUAACGGCCAGGGAGGAAACAAAAUCUACUCCUUUGUUCCAAUCUCGGGAGUGAACUCUAAAAAAAGGCCUCGCCGCCGAUUUGAUGAGAUUGAGCGUUUGUAUGUCUGCAGCUGGGCUGACUGCGAAAAGAGCUACGGAACCCUGAACCACCUGAACGCACAUGUCACCAUGCAAAAGCACGGACCAAAGCGCAAUCCCGCUGAAUUCAAGGAACUUCGUAAGGCCUGGAGACGCCAGAAGAAGGCCGAAGAGGAAGCAGCCAAGCAGGCAGCCGCCUUCCAGAGCCAACACAACCAAGGAGGCCAGUUGCAGAUCUGCGACCCAGUGAUGAGCAAUCUUCACCCUCACUCACUAGCCAUGCAGGCCAUGUCUCAUCAGCAUCAACAGCAUCAGCAACAGCACCAGCCCCACCAGCUUCCUCACCCUCAUGAGCAUCCCAACCAAUACCAGCAAACCCACCACCACCACCAGCAUCACCAUGCCCAGGGACAGCUCCAACACCCCCUCCCUCACCAGCACCAUCACCACCCCAUGGGAUUCUAA